GUGAAGAAGAAGGAGGGGGUUAGAUUAAAGGAAAAAAAAAGGUGCUAUUUUGUGAAGGAAAGGGGCGUGGCCAGAUUUAGGGGAGGGAGAAGGUGGUUUUGUUAAUAAAAACCAUGGGAUUUGGAGACGGGCGAUAUAAACAGGAAUCCUGGGAGCAGCUGAAGAACUGAAUAGAUCCUGUGCUGGGAUUCUAUUUCAAAAACGCGACUGAAGAAAACGAGACAAACCACAGUACAGCUUCCCAGAUUUGUGGUUUUCUUUCGGAUGUUUGUGUUUGCUUUCUAUUGAUUCAGUCGGGGUUUCGGUUUAAACUCGAAGGCAAUAACUCCGCGAUGCUGAGCGGCGUCAAACUGGAAACUAAUGAGGACUGGACAACUCAUUACCACGACAGCGAGCUCUACCCCUGCGUCAACAGCAUGGGUCCCAACCUCACCCUCAACGGCUACCUGCCCAGUGCCAUGGGGUCGUGCAGCAGCAUGGGCGGGCCGUACAUGAGCAGCGGCCCCUCCGGCUGCAGUGUGGCAUCGUCGGGGCUGAUGGGCACAGGAGGGCUGGCCGGCGUGCCCACUUCUCUGGGGCAGAUGGGAGCCCCCCAGCCUGGGUACAGCGUCCCCGGGAACUCCCUGUACAGCCUGGAGGGGCCCCGGGACGGAAAGCCACAAGGGUACCGAAGGAGCUACAGCCACGCCAAGCCCCCCUACUCCUACAUCUCUCUGAUCAGCAUGGCCAUCCAGCAGGCGCCGGGGAAGGUGAUGACCCUGAAUGAGAUCUACCAGUGGAUCCGGGACCUGUUCCCGUACUACCGGCAGAACCAGCAACGCUGGCAGAACUCCAUCCGCCACUCCCUGUCCUUCAACGACUGCUUUGUGCGAGUGCCGCGCUCGCCCGAGGCCCCCGGCAAGGGCUCCUACUGGGCCCUGCACCCCGACUCGGGCAACAUGUUCGAGAAUGGCUGCUACAUGCGCCGGCAGAAGCGAUUCCGCUGCCAGAAACAGGAGAGGAAAACCCCACCGCCCUCCGGCACACCUCAGAGAGAAGAAGGGCGAACCUCCGCCCACUCGCCAAGGUCCAGCCUGGACCCGUCCCCAGUCCAGUCCCCGGUCCCAGGCUUGGAGAAGCUGGAAUCCCCCCAAACCAGUCCGCCUCCCAUGGCUUCCCCAGCUCAGCACCUCCAGGAAGCCCUGCACUUCCACCACCUCUCCCCAGCCCCCAGCCACCUCGCCCCUCCGCCCCCUCAGGAUCCCCGGACUGACCCCCUGGCGCACCCCUUCUCCAUCACCCACCUCAUGUCGGCCGACCUCCAGCAUGUCACCCCCCGGGCGGAUCUUCUCCCUUACGAUGCUGGCAUGAUGUACCCGAGCUACGGGGCCCCCGCUUCCACACACAUGGGUAUAAACUCCUUCGGGGCCCGGGAAGUGGCCCCCAUGCCCACGGACGGUCCUUACUACUCGAACAUGUACUCUGUGCCCAUUCUCAGUUCAUCUUGAUGCACACACACCACUCCUGUUGCAAAAGGACUACAGUGCCAGAGGUAGGCAACCUUGGCACAUCCAGUCAAUUCCAUUGCAGGACUUUGUUCCAGCCAGAGCCUUCAUUGUUUCAUUGAUCUCCAUUGGAACUGUCCUGGAAUGGAUUUGACUGGAAGGUCAAUUAAAUAAUGAAGGAUCUGGUUGGAAUGAAGUCCUGGAAUGGAUUUGACUGGAAGGUCAAUUAAACAACGAAGGAUCUGGUUGGAACGAAGUCCUGGAAUGGAAUUACUGAAAGGUCAAUUAAAUAAUGAAGGAUCUGGUUGGAGUAAAGUCCUGGAAAGGAACAGAAUGGAUUGGAAGGGCUACAGUUGCCUAGCCCUGGUUUAGAUUGUGUAUAUAAUAGUUUAUUAAUAACCAGUACUUUUGGAGAACCAUCAGAUUUUUUAAUUCUUUUUUUUACUGGGUAAUAAAAUCCCUGUUUGCUUCACUACAAGAUCGACUUUGUUUCUUAGUCUUCGAAAAAGAAUGCUUUUGGAUGAGCGUAUUGAAACUAUAGGCUUUAGAAAACAGAGCAGAACUGGAUUGCUGAUAUUUGGAGACUGAAAAUAAAAUUUAAAAAAAAACAAAAAAACAAAAGAAAAGUUUGCCCAAGACCAAAGAAUGUUUUUCAAAGAUUUGGAUGUAACUUUCCUUAAAAAAAUAAUAAUUAAUUUUAUAAAACAAAACACCAUUCAUUCGUCCACACCUCCCCUAACU